AAUACAACAAAAAAUGAUGGGGCUUGAGUUGCUUUCGAGAUGGUGUACGGUACAACGUGRAGAGAAUGCGCAAGACAUAACGAUUCAACUCGAAGUAGAUGUGGAGCACGAGACGAUUCGAGAAUGUCCGWUCUCGUUGGCCACGACAAUUCUGUUGCCGCGGAUAAUGAGAAUGGAAUUUUGAACAUGGACGAAACGCAAGAGGAGGAGAUUUAUGGGAGAUCAAGGGAAGCUCCCGGUUAUGGUUACCCUGACCCCAACACGAUGAAGCAUCGAAAAAUUGGAACAUCGUCAAAGCGUUUGGCAAAGUAUCGAAGAGAUUCCACGUGCUUUCACGUCUUUUUGGAUCGAUGGCCCCGGCUUGUAGCAAUCAUCAAAUGCUUCUUUUUAUUUGCAUGUUUGCUGCUCGUGACGUUUCUCGGAGGAUACGCAAUCAGCAGACUUGAGUUUCCGCACGAAAUUGAGAAUAACGAUUCCAUAAUGAGAGAAAAGUGGUUUCUGCAAAUUCUACCAGUAAAUAAAACAAAGAAUGCAAUCAAGGAAUUGCCCGCGGCAUGUUUGCGUUACUAUGGUAAUCUAGUCGAGACGAAAAACAACAUUUCCACUGACACCAUCGAUAAGAGCGAGUUGGAAUCGAGCGGCAUUGCAAGCAAUCAUUCGUUYGUUGAMCAGGCGAAUGCCGACAUGUUCUUUUUACGAUUUCAGUCGAUAUUUUUAUCCCAUGCGAACGUUACAUUUGAAGAGUUCAGUAACUUUACCAACUCGACUAUCUUCAGCGAUUCUCAAGCCAGUGUGUCGACAGAUGGUAUCCAUAAUACGAUGAUCAGUGCUAACAAUAUUGCUCAUAAUUCUUCAUCUUUGUCAGACAGUCUUCUUGGUGUCAUGGACGUAUGCAGUGAUAUCGUUAGUGAAUUGGUGACUGGYCUAUUAGAUUUCACGGUCGAGGCAACAAACCGUGAGCAAAAUAGCCAAGAUUUGACUUUCAAUUGGAUUAGAUGCUGGAACAUUUCGGACUCCGGGAGCAUGGAUCUCUACAAGGCAACAACACAAGAACAAAUCAAUGCGAGUCAGACCCCGAAUCAAAAACGCUACUUUGCCCAAGAGUGGAACAAGAACCAAAAAGAGUUGUUUCAUCAUUAUCUGACCGAACUCAAUUGCAACGAAAAUACCACCGCUAUGGUCUUCGAUGGACUAAAUUUUUCGAAGUGCACGUGGAAAGCAAUGAAACAAUCAGUAUUAGACGCUUCGGCUGGAAAGGGAUGCUAUGCCAAUACUGCAUCUGCAUCCUGGUUCUGGUUCACAGUGAUGACGAGUAAGUGAUCAGGCAUAUGGUAAAAAAUCUUUGAACGAGCAAGAAUGCACCAGAAAACUCACUUGCAUUCUCUUCCAUUCAUUUUCGUUCAAUAUAUUUUUGCUUGAAAAGCCCUCGGAUACGGUAAGAAGAACUGUUGAUACUAGAGACAAUCUAUUGAUUAAAAAAUGUUGUCAUCUGAAUCUCCUCAUUUAUCAUUUCAUGUUUUAAAUCGCCGACAAUUAUUGUCCGAUAGGAAACUCUGUUCCCAACACAGUAGAAACUCGCAUACUUGUAUUUGCUUUCGGAUGGUUAUCUGUUGUUGCCUUUGGGGGGAUCAUGGUUGUGUGUUCUUUUACUAUGACAACUAUCGCCGAUGAUGUUCUCGUUCGAUUGAACAUGAGGUGGUUGCGGCGACCAAUAUAUUCGACACCGGCGUGGGCACUGAUCACUGCUGCCUACUCCGUACUUCUUGCCUACCAGAUACAAAAUUAUUGGAAUGUCCAAGUUCCAGAAUUUUCCUACAWGACUGGAGAUUCAUAUUGGUUUUCAUAUAUUACGCUUCUGACCAUUGGACUGGGAGAUUUCUAUUUACAAUCCGAAGGUCUUUUUUUUUACAAUGUAAUCGUGUGGUCCGUAAUGGCGUUGACUGGAUUUAUUUUCACGACUUCUUUUUUAAGCAAGUUCAGUGAAUUGAUCGUGGAUUGUUUUCCCAGAGACGCUGAAAGCCUAGAGUAUCAUCUAGCCCGCACCGAUAUAUGUGGCUAUGGAAUCAAUACCCCUAUAAGCAAAUCACUUGAAACUCUUCGGCAGUUAAUAGAUAAAGAAAGAGAAGAAGUGGUAUUUGGAGCAUUGAUUGAGAGUCAAUACGACAGCCACUGCAACCAAGAACAUUCUGGCAAGAAGAGCUAUAGAAGUAGCUUUCGUGGAAGAGACGAUCAAGCGAAAACACCCGAUGGCAAGACUAUUAAUCACCAUCGAAUUCAAAUCUUGAUAGAAAAGAAGAAUAUUUUGAUAAGACUUUUAGAGCGCAAUCAAUCGGAGAUGGAGGACAGAAUGGAUUCAAACAUAAUUCUUGAAUCAUCAACCGAAAGUGACGAGGACAAAGGCAGGUUUGGAAUCUAUCUCAAGUCGCAAGGUGCGAGGGAGUCCCUUACAACGCUGGAAGAACUGCGGCGAGACGAAGAAAUCUUAGAAUCAACUCUGACCCGAACAAAGGACAUCCGACGGUCGUURGAAGCGCAGUGCAAGAAUAUGGUAAGCGAUAGUUCCAGUUGGGGGUCAGAAUAACAUUAUGGUUUACAAAACAGUCUCCAUGACUGUCAUAGUUUGGUCUUCUUUGAGGUUGAUACCAUUCAUUUACUUAGAMUAGUAUUUCGCCAAAAUUUGGGUUCUAGCAUCAUUAUUUGUAUUUAAAUAGUAGGAGUUCAGAAAAAAACACUUAAAGCACC